AUGGUGGCUUCGGCAGAUCUGAGGAAGAGGGAAAUUUUAGAGCGAGCUACGAUUCCUUCCGGAUUCAUCUCUAGAGAACCCCUGUGUCAUUGUGUGAGGUGGCCAGGACUCUCAUCCAGGAGUCAGUGGAGGUCUAAUUCUGUGGUGGUGACCCUCAGAGCUGAGGUGGGAAGCUGGGAGGCAGGGAAAUGGCGGGAAGGCGGCGAGAGAGUAGAGCACAAACAAGCAGCCAUGGAGGGGAGGAAAAGUGGUGGCAGGGUGGCAUCGCAGCAGGGACCCACCAUCUCAGGAUCUCAGGAUUUGACAGCGAAGCCUUCCCCGGUUGUUCUGCACAACACUGAUUUUGAGCUACAGCAACGACAGUGGACUCUAUCUUACAGGAAAUCUGAGCCAUCCUGUCAUUCAGAAUACAACAUGAAUGACAACCACGGUUUUUAUAGAAGAAAGACAAGUUUGCAUUUUAGCAGGCAUAAAUUUGGCCGAAAGAACUAUCAUUUUGAGCAUCCUGGUACUCCUUAUGCCAUGGGACCCAGAUGGAAAAGAAAAAAAUACAGCAAUGAAGACACUGUGUGGAAAGAUAAUAAAGUAGAGAGUGAACUGGGGCUAGUUGCUGAAAAUGGAACCCUGGGUAGCUGGUUCAAAGUCACAAUUCCAAAUGGAAGAAACUAUGACAAGACAUGGCUAAUGAAUUCAAUACAGGACCUCUGCAGUGUGGCUUUCAUCCCUGUUGAUUUCCACUAUGACAAACACCGGGCCCGGUUCUUUGUCCAGAAUGCUAGGACUGCUUAUGCAUUGAGGGAUAUCAACAAUAAACUUUGUGAUGAGACAAAUCAAAAGAUAUCUAUCUUCAUCAAUCCUUCUGUUGUACCUUAUUCUGUGCAGAGUAAGUUCACCUCAGAAGAAAUAAAGCAGCUAAAGGUGACGGUGAUGAAACGAUAUGAUGCCUCUCAGAAAUCUCUGGACCUUGAGAGAUUCCGCUUUGACAAAGACUUUCUGGACAAUGACAUUGACGUGAUGCUGAAUCGAAGAAGCUGCAUGGUUGCAACACUACAGAUCAUUCAAAGCAGUAUCCCUGAACUGUUGUCCUUGAACUUGUGCAACAACAAAUUGCACCAGCUGGAUGGUCUGUCAGAUAUGAUAGAGAAAACUCCUCAAGUUAAGAUUCUGAACCUCUCCAAAAAUAAACUGAAAACAGUUUGGGAGUUGGAGAAGGUGAAGGAGCUGAAUCUGGAAGAGCUUUGGCUGGAAGGGAACCCCUUCUGCAGCCACUUCUCAGAUCAGUCUGACUAUAUAAGUGCCAUACGGGACCUCUUUCCCAAGUUGCUGCGUCUGGACGGCAAGGAGCUAAUAGUACCAACAGGAAUGGACAUAGAAGUCCCACAGUUAAGCAAGCAAACAUGUACAGAAACUGAACCCAUAAAAAAUCUAGUACUACAGUUUCUCAAGGAAUACUACUCGUUUUAUGACAAUGGAGAACGAUUUCGUCUCCUCGCUGCUUACCAUGAUGAAGCCUGCUUCUCCCUUACUGUUUCUUCCAACUUCAAUAACCCAGACCUGAGCAACCUGGAAGAGUAUUUCAAACAUAACAGAGAUAUAAAGAAGAUACAAGAUUCCUACAUGCGAAUGAGGUUGCUGAGGCACACAAAACACACCAUUGUGGAUUCUCUUAGUUUGUUACCCAAAACUCAGCAUGAUCUAUGCUCUUUCUUGGUGGACUUGUGUUUCUACACGGAGACAAUGAUCUGCUUUUCUGUCAAUGGGUUGUUCAAGGAGGUGGAAGGGAAAUAUCAAGGCUACAUUCGUGCCUUCACACGGAUCUUCAUCACUACCCAUUACAACGAUUCAAGAAUUUGCAUCAUGAAUGAUAAGCUGAUUGUGAGGAAUACCAGCCCCAGGGAGAUCCAGAAUGCCUUUAUCCCAGCCAACUCUCCCCUUUCUGAAGAGCAGCAAGAAAUGGUGAAGUCAUUCUCUAUGCAGUCUAGAAUGAAACUUACAUGGGCUCAGAAGUGCCUUGAGGACAACGGGUGGGACUAUGCCAAAGCUGCUGAGAUCUUCACUAUGCUCCAGAAUGAGAGCAAAAUUCCAAAGGAAUUCUUCGAAUAA